CUUUUACAGCGUCAACAACUCAUUUUCUAAAUAAUGUCAGGCUGUGCUCAAGGUGCACUGGUGGCUAAUGGCGGCAACUCGUACUGGAUCGCCUACAAUGGCACUGUGCAGCAGGUGUGGAAAAACAUCGACACAUCUUUAGUCAACUGCACAACAGACAAGGAUACUCUCAGCUGCUGCUACUCUAACGAGUGCAAGAAUUUUGUUUGCCCUGGAGAUGAGGCCAGCAGCAGCGACUACAGUCUUCUGAGCGCUGCUAUGCAGCAGGCAGCUAAUGUCCAGAAUACCGCAAGCUCUGCGGGCAAGAUACGUGUAGGUGCUGCGCUUCUCCUCACGCUGACCCUCCUGCCAUUCGCUCUCGCCUAGCUACACUGCGAGCGGCGAGCUGCUUUCUCCGGGCAGGGUUUAAUAGCUAUUUAUUCCUGAUACUACUUUGCACAAUAAUUCCGAC